UCUAUCGCUCCAGAGUGAAGGUAGUUUGAACAUAUUCAAUUUUUUUAAAUAAAAAUUUAUUUAUAAAAAUUAUAAUUACAUACACAUAUUGCAAGGUUAUUAAAUUGCUAUUUAAUUAAAUAAUUAAAAAAAUGGCUUGUAAAAAAUUCCUUACUCUCAAUAAUGGCUUAAAAAUGCCAAGCAUUGGAAUCGGAACUUGGAUGGCACCAGAUCAUGAAAUUGAAGCCGCCUUAGAUUUAGCACUUAAAGUUGGUUAUCGUCAUAUUGAUGCUGCACCGGUUUAUCUUAAUGAAAAAGCUAUUGGACGAGUACUAAAAAAAUGGUUGGAUUCAAAUCAAAUAAAAAGAGAAGAUUUAUUUAUUACAACAAAAUUACCACCACCUGCAAAUCGUCCAAGUUGUGUUGAAAAAACAUUGAGAAAUUCAUUGAAUGAUCUUCAAUUAUCAUAUGUUGAUAUGUAUCUAAUUCAUACACCAUUUUCUGUACCAGAAACAGGUGGAGAUUUUGAGCGUGAUGCUAACGGUGACAUAGUUAUUGAUCCAACAACAGAUCAUAUUGAAAUUUGGAAAACUAUGGAAAAAAUGGUUGAAUUAGGUUUAACCAAAAGUAUAGGAAUUUCAAACUUUAAUAAAAAACAAAUACAAAGAUUAUUGGAUAACUCUAAGACGAAACCGUCAAACUUACAGAUUGAACUUCAUCUUUAUUUCCAACAAAAUGAACUUGUCGAUUUAUGUAAAGCAAACAACAUUGUUGUAACAGCAUAUUCACCAUUGGGGUCUAGAGGUAUUGUAGAUUUGAAAAAAUCUGCAGGUGUCAAGUGCGAAAGCAUUAACUUAAUAGAAAAUCCAAAGGUACUUGAAAUUGCAGAAAAUCAUAAAAAAACUCCAGCUCAAAUUUUAUUACGCUGGAUUAUUCAAAGAGAUGUUUGUGCUAUCCCCAAAAGUACAAAUCCAGAAAGAUUACAACAAAAUUUAAAUAUUUGGGAUUUUGAGUUGUCCAAUGAUGAAAUGUCAUCUUUAUCAAAAUUGGAUAAAGGUAUCAGAGUAUGCGAUUUUUCAUUCUUUAAAGGAAUGGAAAAACAUCCAGAAUUUCCAUGGUAAAUAUAUUUUAUAAUUGGAAUCGGAGUACUUAUGUAUUUUCAAUCAAUUGACUUAUCAAAAGAAAUAUUUCCUAUUAUCAUGCAAAAACAGAAUAUACUUUGUUAAUUUGUAUUUAUGUAUUUUGUAAAUAUUUUUUUUAAAUAUUUUGCAAUAUGAUUACAAAUUUUUGGAAAAAUUA